AUGCCAACAACCCCGAAACCCGCACUCACGCCCUCAACACCCUCCACCUCUACCGUCCCCUUUCCACCCCCGCAAACCUUCGAUAUCCUCCCUCAAAUCUACGAUCUAGUAACCCGUCUUCCCCACGCUUCUCUCGUCACGCAGACCACCACAUCCACAUCCACACCUCACCCCUCAACCACCGAUCCCCUCGAUCCCAAAGACCUACCUCAAGCCGCUGUACCAAUCAAGCUCAAGAUCCAAAAAGCCAAAGCCGCAGUGUCGACGUUGCCGGAUGUGGAGCGGUCGAUCGAGGAGCAGGAGGAUGAAAUACAGGAAUUGCAGAAAAGGAUUGGAAGGUUGAGGAGCGUGCUGGGGGAGUUGGGAAGGAGGGCUAGUGAAGGGAAACGGGAAGGAGAUGUGAAGGGAGAGGCUGGGCUAAUGGAGGGCAUGGAGUAA